CCUUUCAUCUUAGUCAUGCCUUCUUUUUUCUCUCUAGAGACAUAUACCUGCUCAGCCCAAGGCACCUGGAAAGACAAAAAUGGAAAUGAGAAGAUUCCUCGGUGUUUGCCUGUGUGUGGGAAGCCAGUUAAUCCUGUAGUUGAAAAUCAGCGCAUCAUUGCAGGGAAGACUGCUCAGCUGGGCAACUUCCCUUGGCAGGCUUUCACCAAUAUCUAUGGGCGUGGAGGUGGGGCACUACUAGGUGAUAGAUGGAUCCUUACAGCUGCCCACAUUCUCUAUCCUAAAGACAGCUCUUCAUUGCCAGAUGCCUCUAUAGAUGUUUUCUUGGGCCAUACAAAUGUGGAUGAAAUCAUGAAAAUGGGGAUCCGCCCCGUCCGCAGGGUCAUCAUCCACCCAGACUAUAAUCAAAAUGAUACGAACAACUUCGACAAUGACAUUGCUCUUCUGGAGCUAGAGAACAGCGUCCCGCUGGGUCCUCACCUCCUCCCCAUCUGUCUGCCAGACAAUGAGACCUUCUAUGAAAAGGGCUUGGUGGGCUAUGUCAGUGGCUUUGGGAUCGAGAGUCAAAAACUCUCUGAUGAUCUGAAGUUUGUGAGUUUGCCCAUGGCCUCACCAAACAACUGCCGGAAUUGGCUCAAUGAAAAAAAGAGUAAACAGGUGUUUACCACCAACAUGUUCUGUGCUGGGGACAAGACAAGGAAGCAAGAUGCCUGUCAAGGAGAUAGUGGAGGAGUCUUUGCUGUGAAGGAUGAAAGUGGAGAUCGUUGGGUAGCCACAGGCAUUGUGUCCUGGGGCAUUGGGUGUAGCAAGGGAUAUGGCUUCUACACCAAAGUGCUCAAGUAUGUGGACUGGAUCAAGAAAGAAAUGGGAGAGAGCUGAGACUUAAGGAAUAUCCUUCCUGGUGAUUCACUCUGACAGGUUGUAAUUCCUUACCCAGUGGCACCCAUAUUAAAGUCACUGAUGCAGAAA